GAACCGCUACGUGCGAUGCUGCUGCUGUGGGUGUCGGUGGUCGCAGCCUCGGCCCUGGCGGCCCCGGCCCCCGGGACAGGUGGACAGACGCGGGGAGCAGCCGGAGCGCCCAAUGUGGUGCUAGUCGUGAGCGACUCCUUCGAUGGAAGGUUAACAUUUCAUCCAGAAAGUCAGGUAGUGAAACUUCCUUUUAUCAACUUAAUGAAAGCACAUGGCACUUCCUUUCUGAAUGCCUAUACAAACUCUCCAAUCUGUUGCCCAUCACGUGCAGAAUUUAUUAGGCUGAUACAGAAAUUUGCAAGAGCAUUUUUCAAAACUGUCAUUUUUCCAUGCAAGAGACUUAUUGGAAACACAUUAGCUGCUACAAUCCCAUCAAUAACAAGGAGAGAGAGAGAUGGGGGGAUCUCCACAGAACUCUUAAAGUCUGAGAUAGUUGGCCGAUUUUUAAAACUUUUUAAAUACCUUACAAUAUACCUUUUUCUUUCAUUUUGCUCCCUCAGUAAUCGUGUGGAAGCAUGGACAAGAGAUGUUGCUUUCUUACUCAGACAAGAAGGCAGGCCUAUGGUUAAUCUUAUCCCUAAUAAGACUAAAGUACGAGUGAUGGAAAAAGACUGGAAGAAUACAGACAGAGCAAUAAAUUGGUUAAAAAAGGAAGCAAUUAAUUAUACUGAACCAUUUGUUCUUUACUUGGGAUUAAAUUUACCACACCCCUACCCUUCACCAUCUUCAGGAGAAAAUUUUGGGUCUUCAACCUUUCACACAUCUCUUUAUUGGCUUGAAAGAGUAUCUCGCAAUGCCAUCAAAAUCCCAAAAUGGCUGCCUCUGUCAGAAAUGCACCCUGUAGAUUAUUACUCUUCUUAUACAAAAAACUGCACUGGAAAGUUUACAGAAAAAGAAAUUAAGAAUAUUAGAGCAUUUUAUUAUGCUAUGUGUGCUGAGACAGAUGCCAUGCUUGGUGAAAUUAUUUUGGCUCUUCGCCAGUUAGAUCUUCUUCAAAAAACCAUUGUCAUAUACUCCUCAGACCAUGGAGAGCUGGCCAUGGAACAUCGACAGUUUUAUAAAAUGAGUAUGUAUGAAGCUAGUGCCCAUGUUCCACUUUUGAUAAUGGGACCAGGAAUUAAGGCCAACCAACAAGUAUCAAAUGUGGUUUCUCUUGUGGAUAUUUACCCUACUAUGCUUGAUAUUGCGCAAAUUCCUCUGCCUCAAAACCUGAGUGGCUACUCUUUGUUGCCAUUAUCAUCAGAAACAUUUAAGAAUGAACAUAAAUUCAAAAAUGUACAUCCGCCCUGGGUUCUGAGUGAAUUCCAUGGAUGUAAUGUGAAUGCUUCCAUCUACAUGCUUCGAACUAACCAGUGGAAGUAUAUAGCCUACUCUGAUGGUGCCUCAGUAUUGCCUCAACUCUUUGAUCUUUCCUCGGAUCCAGAUGAACUAACAAAUAUUGCAAUAAAAUUUCCAGAAAUUACUUUUUCUUUGGAUCAAAAGCUUCGUUCCAUUGUAAACUACCCUAAAGUUUCUGCUUCUGUACACCAAUACAAUAAAGAACAGUUUAUCAAGUGGAAACAAAGUAUAGGACAAAAUUAUUCAAAUGUUAUAGCAAACCUUAGGUGGCAUCAGGACUGGCUGAAAGAACCAAGGAAGUAUGAAAGUGCAAUCAAGCAGUGGCUUAAAACCCAUACUAAUCCAAAAACAGUUUGA